UAUAAAUAGCAACCGAUGCCGUCCAGAUACCAUCACAAAAACCCAAACACCAUGAGUUACUCAAAGUUGCUUGUGCUAUUGUUUGGCCUGGUGGUUCUCAUCACUUCAUCUCUAGCUGAGUACAAUGAAAAACCCAAGCCACCCACUCCUUCUCCUAUUUACAAGCCCCCAGCUCCCAUCAAGAAGCCACCACCAAUAGUGCCCAAACCCAAACCACCAACUCCUUCUCCUAUUUACAAGCCCCCAGCUCCCAUCAAGAAGCCAUCACCACCAAUAGUGCCCAAACCCAAACCACCAACUCCUUCUCCUAUUUACAAGCCCCCAGCUCCCAUCAAGAAGCCACCAAUAGUGCCCAAACCCAAACCACCAACUCUGCCUCCUAUUGUACAUGCACCGCCGCCUACGCCGGUGACCAAGCCACUUCCACCACCUUAUCCUAAGACACCAACUCUACCUCCUGUUGUGAAACCACCCACACCUAGUUACCCUAAAUACCCUCCUCCAAUCAAGGCUCCUCUACCCCCACAAAAGCCAGAAGGGAAGAAACCUCUACCUCCAACUCCAUAUAAGAAGAAGCCUCCCCCAUACUACAAUCCACCCCACAAACCAUGAACUCCACCUGUCCAUCUCAACUAGUGAGUUAGAAUAAAUGAGAGAGAGCCAGUUGCUAGCUAGAAAUAAGAGUUCUGGACACCAACUCAUUUUGCAGCAGCUUCUAGUGUGACUCCAUUAUAA